UUAAAAAAACAAAGAGGGUAACAUCGUCAUUUGGCGUUAUGGGUAAAACCAAACAAACCGCUUUCAUUUUCUCUCCUUUUGUCGUUUUCGAUAAUACUCGCUCUCUCUCUCUCUUCAUCUUCAUCUUCAUCUUCGUCUUCAUCUAUCCCAACUUUUUCCUCCGAUUUUCAAUCUCUCUCUGAGUUUCAUCGAUUCCUCAUGAAGCGUGGAGCUGAUGAUUUUCCGGCGGAGGGUGAUGGGUCGGAGAAUAAGAAGAAGAUGAAGGCGGUGGAAGAGGCGGAGGGAGACGGAGGGGUAGGGUUCACGAAUCUGGACGAGAAUCUGCUGUUCGAGGUUUUGAAGCACGUGGACGCGAGGUCCUUGGCCAUGGCGUCCUGCGUCAGCAAGCUCUGGAACCGCACGGCUCAGGACGAGCGUCUCUGGGAGCUGAUCUGCACGCGCCACUGGGCCAACAUCGGCUGCGGCAAUCAACAGCUCAGAUCCGUCGUCCUCGCCCUCGGCGGCUUCCGUCGCCUCCACUCCCUCUCCCUCUGGCCUCUCUCCAAGCCACAGCAACCAUCGGCGGCGGCGGCGGCAUCGUCGUCUUCUCCGGCGUGGUCUCCGUUUACUCCGAUGAUCGGAUCGAAGCCUCCGGCGAGGUUGGGGAAAGACGAGGUUCAUCUCUCGCUGUCCCUUCUCUCGAUUCGGUACUACGAGAAGAUGAAUUUCGGUAAGAGAGGGAAAUGAUGAAUCUGGAUAAUCUCUGCAACUGCUUUGCCUGCUGCGUUAGUCGUCGAUUUCGUACCCUUUUUCAGCUUUUUCUUAGGUUUCGGAAUUCAGGAUCUGAUAAUUUUUUCCAUCAAUGGAAAAAGAAAUGGACAUUUCAAUCUGGGAUUUGCUGAUCGAAUCGGACUUCGUCAUAUCAUUACCAUUUGCGAUCCUUGAAAUUUCUUGUAAGAUAUGCUUUGUAUUUUUUUUUUCCCGUGAAUGUUCUAUAUUUGAUCUGCUGCUAUGUAAUGUUCUUGUUCUAAUUUUCAUUUUGGGUCGUUGUAAUUA